UUGACCUAUUAGUGAUCAUCAUUUUCCAAAGUUAAGCACCUCCUUUAUCUGAUCAUUUAUCAAAAAAGCCUUUUUUUUUAAGACUUUCAAGCCUGAUUUUGUAUGCUAUUUGUAGAAAGUGGCAUUUUAUAAACUGCACAGCAUUGAUUGUUUCUGCAAGAAGUAUAAAUCACAAAGUUAAGCUAAAAGUUGAAAAUAAAUGUCCAAAAAAGAAAAGAAAAAGAAAAAUGAGAAAAUAAAAAAUGGGCUGUGCUCACACAUGCACUUUCAUGCAUUUAUUGAAUGUGGGGAACCAAUCAACAGCUUUGUUGAAAACAGCCCCGAUGACACUUAGAUAGUUGAAGCUAAACUAUUUCAGGGUCAAGGAGGUGGCAUUGAAGAAUUCGCAUAAAAAUCUCCCGUCGCCUCGCCCAUACAGGCAGUGCUGAUUUGAAGAGCUGGAGAACACUUGGUUGAAUGUAGCUGACAAUGUCUGACUCACUCAUCCUGCCAUGGCUUUUCUGUUCAUGCCUGUUCUCUGCAGUAACUCUAGCAGCACUGUAUCUCAGAAGGAAGAUGAAUGGAUUUGUGCCUGGCGACAGAUCUCCUCCAAGCCUCCCAUCACUCCCCAUCAUCGGGAGUCUCCUCAGCCUCAUUACUGACAGUCCUCCACACAUCUACUUUCAGCAGCUGCAGAAGAAAUACGGAGAUCUUUAUUCCCUCAUGAUGGGCUCCCACAAAGUCCUGAUUGUGAACAACCACCAUCAUGCGAAAGAGAUCCUGAUCAAAAAAGGAAAAAUAUUUGCAGGGAGGCCACGAACUGUUACAACAGACAUGUUAACUCGAGAUGGGAAAGAUAUAGCCUUUGGUGACUACAGUUCCACAUGGAAGUUCCAUCGGAAAAUGGUGCAUGGAGCUCUUUGCAUGUUUGGUGAAGGUUCAGUUUCUAUUGAGAAGAUAAUCUGCAGAGAGGCCAGCUCUAUGUGUGACAUGUUGACUGAAUCCCAGAACAGCGCUGUGGAUCUGGCACCGGAGCUGACGCGUGCCGUCACAAACGUAGUGUGUGCCUUGUGUUUCAACUCCUCAUACAAGCGUGGAGAUGCUGAGUUUGAGUCCAUGCUCCAGUACAGUCAGGGAAUCGUGGAUACAGUCGCUAAGGACAGCCUGGUGGAUAUUUUCCCAUGGCUGCAGAUAUUCCCAAACAAAGACCUCAAAAUCCUAAGAAAGUGUGUUUCAAUCAGAGACAAACUGCUUCAAAAGAAAUACGAGGAACACAAGGUGGAUUACAGCGAUAACGUCCAGCGGGAUCUCUUGGAUGCUCUUCUGAGGGCCAAGCGCAGCUCAGAGAAUAACAACACCAGCACUCAUGAUGUUGGGUUAACUGAAGACCACGUGCUCAUGACUGUGGGGGACAUCUUCGGGGCAGGGGUGGAAACCACUACUACUGUACUCAAAUGGUCAAUAGCUUACCUCGUCCAUAAUCCACAGGUGCAGAGAAAGAUUCAGGAGGAGCUGGACAAUAAGAUUGGGAAAGACAGACACCCUCAGCUCAGUGACAGAGGGAAUUUGCCUUAUCUUGAGGCCACUAUAAGAGAAGUUCUGAGGAUCCGACCUGUCGCACCACUUUUCAUCCCUCAUGUGGCGCUCCAAGACUCCAGUGUGGGAGAAUACACUGUGCAGAAAGGAACCCGAGUCAUUAUUAACCUGUGGUCUUUACAUCAUGAUGAGAAGGAAUGGAAGAAUCCUGAGCUGUUUGACCCAGGGCGAUUUCUGAACGAGGAGGGUAAUGGUUUGUGCUGCCCUUCGGCCAGCUAUCUGCCCUUCGGCGCAGGGGUUCGAGUUUGUCUUGGCGAGGCCUUGGCGAAGAUGGAACUAUUCCUCUUCCUGUCAUGGAUUCUGCAAAGGUUCACGCUAGAGAUGCCCACUGGCCAGCCUCUGCCUGACCUCCAGGGCAAGUUUGGUGUGGUUCUUCAACCCAAGAAAUUCAAAGUCGUUGCUAAACUAAGAGCAGAUUGGGAAAAAUUCCCACUAAUGCAACACUGCUGAGUAAACGAUGUGUGUCUUUUGUACUCUUGGAAAAAAUUUUAAGAAGUCUGCUAUCAAAUAUCACAGAUCAGACAUGAAUAUAAUUAAUAUCUUAAGACAGUGUGACUCCAUGAUCAACAGUAAUUGAACAGAGUGCAACAGUCAGGUUCUGGAGGUAAAAAAUCCCAUUCAUUUUCAUUUCCAAGUCACCAGUCCACAUUAUUUCAACGUAUUUUUAAUCAUGGAAUUCUUGAUGAAAAACCACAUUACCCAUAAUUCUGCAAAGAAAUAGCCAAGCAAAAAAGAACCCUUUUAGCACCCGCCCACUCCCACGAGGCACCAUGAAUGAUGUAAAUCUCUCUUCAUUCUCAUAUACUUAUAUAUGUAAAUAUACAUGCAUAUUUUACAAAAAAUGUAAAUAUAUAUUGCUUCUAUAUAUACAUAAUCAUCUUUAAAUCAAGUUAUUUUGCCACCAUUUUUUAGUUAUGUCAAUUUCUUCUUUCCUUUAAUAAAACU